UCGAAGGCAUGUAGGAUAACACUUAUCACAUACUCGCUGUGGUGACUUUGACUGAAACGAUGGCACCAGGAGUUUGUUUCGUGAGUGUUUACCGCAAACUGAGAGUCCACAGUGACGACAAUGAUGCCGUGUUGUCAUAAAUGAAAAUUCGACGUUGCAGAUACCACAUCGGUCCUCAACCUGCCAAAGCGGAAGCAUGGCGCUAUUCCCGCGUGGGGCGACCUGCUGUGACGCCUGCGGUUGUGGCAUGCGUUGUGUGCACGAGUCAAUUCACGUGGCAAAUUAAUCGUCUACUUGUUGAACUUCUGUCCCUGUUUCUAUUCCUCACUCUGCUCCAAUUUAACGUCCGUCGCCACGUCCGAUUGUUUCUACUAGCAGUAGAGUGAAAAAAUCACCACCUUCUACCCUGCGAAGCAAAAACCUUGUCGAGUGACGAAUCGUCGGUGCUGUAUGUACAGGCAGUACAGUUUGCGGACCCUCGACAUUGGGCAAAAAGACAGGCGGGGGAGAGCUUAACGAAGAUGCGCAGCGACUGGGUGCCUUAAAAUGUAGGGCGAGAGCAUCACAUGUUUCGAACAUAUAAACGCGGCUACUUGUGUCACUAAACUUUAUCCUCACAAAGCUAUAAAAUUUGGAAGAUCGAAGUCUUUCGUCGCGAAAUCACAAUUUACCUGUCACAUUUGAUUAUGGUCCGACAUGAAUUGGACAAAAGGUUGAGGCGCUCACAUAUUUUUCGCUUCAACGGAUUAAGUAAUCCUUAAAAGUGUUUAAUGUGAUGACUGAAAGCAUAGCUCUGUGUUAUAUGUCGUUUGUGAUUUCG